GUCAGUCACGUGACUUCCGUUUUUACUAACGUGUCCAAGCUUUCGUUUGUCUCAGAAUGACAUCGACAACGAAUCCUACUCUCCAUAAAGGAAUUGUUAAGCAGAUCGUUUCUGGCGACUGCAUUGUAAUAAGAGGGCAACCAAGAGGAGGUCCUCCACCAGAAAGAACCAUUUGCUUGUCAAACAUCGAAGCACCCCGUCUUGCUCGUCGUCCCAACCCAGCAAACACUUCUGAAGUUAAAGAUUCACCUUGUGCUUGGGAAGCAAGAGAAUUUCUUCGAAAGAAACUAAUUGGAAAGGAAGUUUGCUUUUCAAUCGAGUAUAAACUACCAACAACUGGCCGGGAAUAUGGUUUCGUUUGGUUGGGAAAGGACAACACAGGAGAAAAUGUUGCAGAAUCUCUUGUUGAGCUAGGAUUUGCAGGUGUUAGGAAAGGAAAUGCAAAGAAUGACAGCGAAGCUCAGACCAGAUUAGUUGCUUUGGAAGAGAGUGCUAAGGCUGCCCAGAGAGGUAAAUGGGCAAACGAUGCUGAUAAAACCAUAAGAGAUAUCUCAUGGAAUAUUGAAAAGGAUAGAAUGAGAAAUUUUGUCGAUUCAAGACGUAGCAAGCCGAUAAAAGCUGUUAUCGAACACGUCAGGGAUGGAUGUACAGUCAGAGCGUUUUUAUUGCCGAAUUUCGAAUAUAUAACCAUUAUGUUAACUGGAAUCAAGACGCCUAUGUUUAAACAAGAAGGUGACAAGCAAGUUCCCGAGGAAUUUGCAGAAGAAGCAAAAUACUUUGUCGAAUGUCGACUUUUACAAAGAGAUGUCGAAAUUAUCCUAGAAGGACUCUCUGGUAUGAAUUUCUUGGGAACUGUCUUACAUCCUAAUGGAAAUAUCAGUGAACUAUUACUGAAAGAGGGUUUCGCAAAGUGUAUAGAUUGGUCUAUGGGCUGUGUCACUCAAGAAAUUGAGAAGAUGAGAAAGGCUGAAAAAUCGGCUAAGGAACGUCAUGUCCGUUUGUGGAAAGACUACAAACCACCGUCGAAUUCGCAUACUUCUCCCGUCCAAGAUGGCUCAAGCAGAUCGUUCUCUGCUAAGGUCACUGAAAUUGCUAACGCAGAUGCACUUGUCGUCAAAAUGGACAAUGGAACUGAUCGCAAAAUCUUUUUGGCUAGUAUCAGACCUCCAAGAUUGCCUAACGAUAGUGAUAAAGCAUCUCCUGAUAAGAAGAAAAUUAAACCUCUUUACGAUAUUCCUCAUAUGUUUGAGGCUAGGGAAUUUCUUAGAAAGAAAUUGGUUGGAAAAAGGGUUAAGGUGUCAAUUGAUUACAUUCAACCAGCAUCUAACCAAUUUCCAGAAAAGACAUGUUGUACUGUGCACAUCGCAGAUAUUAAUGUUGCUGAAGCUUUGGUAUCCAAAGGGUAUGCAACUGUCGUAAGGUACAGACAAGAUGAUAAUCAGAGAGCUGUAUGCUACGAUCAACUUUUGACUGCUGAGAAUAGAGCAGAAAAGAAGAAUGUUGGAGUUCACAGCAAAAAAGAAUAUGUGCCCGUUAGAGUGCAAGAUCUUUCGGGAAAUGUUAAUGCUUCAAGGCAAUUUUAUCCAUCCUUGCAAAGGGCAGGUAAAACUGACGCACUAGUCGAAUUUGUAGCCUCCGGAUCUAGAUUAAGAGUUUACAUGCCCAGAAAUACGUGCAUAGCCACUAUUUUACUGGCUGGAAUUGAAUGUCCAAAAGCCAGUAGACAAAAUGUACCCGCUGAGCCUUUCGGAGAAGAAGCUUUAGCUUUAAUAAAGGAAAAAGUUCUGCAACACGAUGUUCAGGUUGCUGUUGAGAGUAUGGAUAAGGGUGGAAAUUUCAUAGGAUACGUUUACACACUUGACGGACUUAAUUUAUCGGAAUAUUUGGUUAAGAACGGUCUAGCAAAGUUACACUUUUCCGCCGAGAGAGGACCACAUUAUGGCGCUUUAAGCUCUGCUCAAAGUGCAGCUCAAAGGGAAAAGCUCAACAUCUGGCAAGAUUAUGAAGCCGAAGCAGAAAGUCAUCCCGAGAUCGAUAUCGAUCCAUCUGAUGAGAAGCCAGAGGAAACCGGAAAAGACACAAAGGAGUACGAAAACGUAAUCGUUACGGAAGUAAGUGACGACUUUUUCUUCUUUGCUCAGGACAGUGGCAAGGGUCCAGCUUUGGAUAAAUUAAUGAAUGAAUUGAGAACCGAUUUAGCAUCGAAUCCACCAGUACCAGGGGCUUUCCAACCAAAGAAAGGUGAUCUUUGUGUAGCAAAAUUUAGUGAAGACCAAACUUGGUACAGAGCAAAAAUUUUGAGCAUUGAUGCACAAAAACAAGCAGAGAUUCUUUUUAUCGAUUUCGGAAAUUCUGAAAGGCAGGAAAUUUCUAAAUUGGCUCCACUUGCCGCAGCCUAUAGAGACUUGCCUGCUGUAGCGAAAAAGUACACUUUGGCUUGCGUUACUUUGCCUUCAGAGGACGAAGAUACACGAUAUGAUGCUUGCGAUGAAUUGAGGCGAUUAAUUAACGGUUGUGAGUGUAGAUUGAGCGUCGAAUAUCACGUUUCAACCGAUUUAGAUGCUGUUCAACUUCUGCACUCGCAAGAGGAUAUUGGCCAGCAGUUGGUAGCAAAUGGAUUCGUUGUUGUCGAUAAGACUAAGAGGAGGGAUAGGAAAGUUCGCGAGUUGUUUACGAAGUAUACCGCGGACCAAGAAAAAGCAAAAACUAAACGACUAAAUAUUUGGAUGUACGGUGACAUUACCGCUGACGAUGCAACUGAAUUCGGUUAUAAUCGUUAA